AUGGCAGAUGAGCUUGUUGCGCCGCCGUCGCUGGCGCUGGCCGAGCCCACGAAGGUGACCGUCCAAGGAGCCUUCCGGCGGACGAGAUCGCCGCCGCGCAACGACCACGGCCAAAUGUUCUGCGACCACGUCAACUGCCGCGGCAAGAAUUCCCCGACGUUCAAGCGAGUCUGCGAAUGGAACAAGCACAUGGAUCGCCACGAGCGGCCGUAUAAGUGUCGCGAGUCCGGAUGCGAGCUCAACCCCGGCUUCACCUACUCGGGCGGCCUUUUGAGGCAUCAGCGCGAAGUCCACAAGAUGCACCUCUCGACCAAGCAGCCCUUGUUCUGUCCGUUCCCCAACUGUAAUCGCAGCAGCGGCACGGGCUUCACCCGCAAGGAGAACCUCGAGGAGCACAAGCGGCGCCGACACCUGGAGGAACUGUCAGACCAUGAGGCAGAGGCGACAGAAGAACCACCUGCUGCGAAGCGACGGAGGAUCUCCUCCACUGCGACAGCAGAAGUGCAGGGACAGGGACUGCAGCAACAGAAGCAACACCAGCAGCAGCAGCAGCAAUUAGGCAGCAGCAUGGUACCACAGGCACAGGCACAGACUAUGGACAACAACAUGGUAGUGGGAAACCCCGAGAGCCAAUUGGUGAGCCACCUCAGGGAAGAGAUCCGGCAAAAGGAGGAAUUCAUCCGCAGGCAAGCCACCGAGAUUCAUCGCCUCCAGAACCUGCUCCGCUCGUUGCCACCGCAGGCCAUCUAUCACAUGCAGCAGCAGCAGCAGCAGAGCCGGAUGCCUGGGAGUGGCGUUGGGUGA